CUGGAAAACCAUGAAACCGAGGCUCUAAAAAGCGGCCUGUGAGAACCCUUCUCUUCCGCCACAUGGCUUCCCUGCCGCUUGGACCUCAUAAUCCGCCGCCGCCGGAGCAGGGCGCCUUCGUCCCCGCCGUACCUUCCAGCCAUCCGGAGAUGGCCCAAGACAAGGCAUCUGUUGUGGAGGGGAAUGAUGAAGUCACUGGUCAUAUCAUAUCCACCACCAUUGGAGGCAAGAACGGUGAACCUAAGCAGACCAUUAGUUACAUGGCAGAGCGUGUUGUGGGAAAUGGCUCAUUUGGAAUUGUCUUCCAGGCAAAAUGCUUGGAAACAGGUGAGACUGUUGCUAUAAAGAAGGUUUUGCAGGACCGGAGAUACAAAAACCGUGAGCUGCAGUUGAUGCGCUCAAUAGAUCAUCCAAAUGUUAUCUCUCUAAAGCAUUGUUUCUUCUCCACCACAAGCAGAGAUGAACUUUUUCUCAACCUAGUUAUGGAAUAUGUGCCUGAAACAUUAUAUCGUGUUCUAAGGCAUUACAGCAGUGUGAGUCAAAGGAUGCCACUUAUCUAUGUGAAGCUUUACACGUAUCAGAUAUUUAGAGGGUUGGCUUAUAUCCAUACAGUUCCUGGCGUUUGCCAUAGAGAUGUAAAGCCACAAAAUGUUUUGGUAGAUCCUCUCACUCACCAAGUCAAGCUAUGUGAUUUUGGAAGUGCAAAAGUUUUGGUCAAGGGUGAACCAAACAUUUCCUACAUUUGCUCUCGCUAUUACCGUGCUCCAGAGCUUAUUUUUGGUGCAACAGAAUACACAACAUCUAUUGAUAUAUGGUCAGCAGGUUGUGUUCUUGCUGAGUUGCUCCUUGGUCAGCCAUUGUUUCCUGGAGAAAGUGCUGUUGAUCAGCUUGUUGAGAUAAUCAAGGUUCUUGGAACUCCAACCCGUGAGGAAAUUCGUUGCAUGAAUCCUAAUUAUACUGAGUUCAAGUUUCCACAGAUAAAAGCUCAUCCAUGGCACAAGAUAUUCCAUAAACGAAUGCCUCUGGAAGCAAUAGAUCUUACAUCACGCCUUCUCCAAUACUCUCCAAGUUUUCGCUGCACUGCACUGGAAGCAUGUGCUCACCCCUUUUUUGAUGAGCUGCGGGAACCAAAUGCAAGGUUGCCAAAUGGCCGUCCUCUGCCUCCUCUUUUUAACUUCAAACAAGAAUUAGCAGGUGCAUCACCAGAGCUCAUCGACAAGCUGAUUCCGGAACAUGCGAGGCGCCAAUCUGGUCUCAGUUUCUUGCAAAUGCCCAGGACGUAAAACUACAAACACUUCAGAUGUGAUAGUCAAAAGCAAGUGGAACAUGGUUUUCACUGCCCUUGAGGAAGUCUGCCAGUGCGAGUGCUCGAUGGCAGCGGGAGCUUCUGCAGUUGAGCUUCUGGGAGGGGGUUGUUGCUUCUUCCCUAUCUUCUUACCGAUCUCCCAAGCCUUGUAUAUUGUAAGAUGUUAGGAUCAUUGUAAUGUAGUGGCUGUCAAUCCCUCGGGAUCAGAUUGUAUCUUGUAUGAUAGGACAACCUUUGCAACGCAUAUGAACUCUGGCUUCUUCCACGUUGACCCCCAUGGAGUCUCGUCGCUGCUUUGACUCUACUCGUUAGAUGGUACAAGCGACGCAGCUCCAUUGUCUCAUUUAGAUUGUUUCUCUUGGUGAUACUUGGAUAUCUUUGUCAUUGUACUUGUUUUCA